AUGCUGUAAUAGUACUAUGACAAGAAGGUCUUGUUUCUUACUGGAUGCACAGGGUUCGUUGGUAAAGUGCUUUUAGAAAAGACCUUGCGUUGUCUUCCAAACAUUGCUUGCAUUUAUGUGUUGAUAAGAUAGAAAAAGGGAAGCAAUCUAAUGGAGAGAUUCAAAAGAGAGAUUCUGGACUCUUAGUGCUUUGAUAGAUUGAGAAAGACUUAUGGAAGUGGAUUUGAGAAAUUUGUUAGUGAAAAGAUAUAUCCUAUAGAAGGUGAUAUGCUGAAAGAUGGUUUAGGUUUGGCUUAACAUGAUAGGCAAAUAAUAAUUAAUAAUGUGAAUAUAAUAAUUAAUUGUGCAGCCAGUGUUGAUUUCAACGCAAGAUUAGAUGAUGCUAUAUAAAUCAAUGUAAGAGGACCUUAGAGAUUUAUAGCUUUGGCCUAGUAAAUUAAAAACUUAGAAAACUUUAUUCAUAUUUCAACUGCUUAUGUAAAUUCAGAUAAGGGAGGAUAUAUUGAAGAAAAAAUUUAUGAUCCAGGCUAAGAGAAUUUAGAAUAGUUAGUCACUUAAUUGUUGAAAACACCUGUUAGUAUCCUGGAGAAGAAUGUCAAAGAUAUAAUUGGAGAUUUUCCAAAUACAUAUACAUUUACAAAGUGCAUUGCAGAAAAACUAUUAGUUUAAACGAGAUCUCCCAAUUUUCCAUUGACUUUAGUGAGACCCUCAAUCGUAGGUGCCUCUUGGAAAGAUCCAGUACCGGGAUGGAUUGAUAGUUUAGUGGCCAGUAGUGCAAUAUUUUUCUUUGUUGGUUUAGGAUUAAUUAAAACAUUAAAUGGAGAUGAAUGCCUAAUUGGAGAUUAAGUGCCUGUUGACUAUGUAUCAGACUUUAUUUUAACUGCUGGAGCAUAUUAAAAUGGGAGAAAAGAGGUUUCUGUAUAUCAUUGCUGUUCCUCAGCCAAAAACCCGAUGACAUGGGCUUUGGCUAAAGAAGUUAAUGCUUAGUUUUGGACAAAAUCUCCGAGUUCUCAAUAAUUCUCUAAACCUAAUUUAACGUUCUAUAAAAAUGAAAGAUUAUAUAAACUUAUGACCAAAAUAAAAAAUACUCCUGCUUUGAUGUAUUAUUAGAUUGCUAAUCGGAUAGGAAAUAAGGAAAUGAAGAUUUAAGCAAAAAGAUUAAAGAAAAUAAUUGAAAGAGCUGAAUCCAUUAACGAAACAUUUAAACCAUUUGUCAUAAAUGAAUGGAUAUUUGAAAGUUCUAAAAGUAACUUGUUAGUGGAAUUCUUGAGCGAAUCCGAAAAGUAAAACUUUAAUGUUGAUAUUGAAAAAUUGAAUUGGAGGAACUAUUUGGAAAGAUUCAAUUGGGGAAUCCAAAAAUAUAUAUUAAAAGAUUAAGCAAGAGAACUAAGCGAGUAAAGCACUGAUGUUUUAUCUUAAAGAAAUUAGUAAUCUUAUUUUAGUGAUAUUGAAUGGUGUCUCAAUAAUGGUUAAGAUUUUAAAACUAAAACUGCAAAAGAACAAAUAAGUUUAGUAAUGAAUUCAUAAAGAGUUCAAUCUGUAAUCAAAUAAUUGGUGGAAGAAAAGGCAAAGAAAUAUUAAUCUGCUACUCUAAACCUAGAGAAAUUCCAUUAAAAUAUUGAAAAACAAGGGGUUGACAUUUGUGAAGUUAUGUUUGCGAAUUAUAACAUGGGAGUAAUCCGCAUUUUUGCUUGGUUUAUAACAAAGGUUUUUAGACAAAUCUAUGAGAAAGUUCAAAUAAAUGAGUAGGCAAUGCUGGAAUUGCAAAAUUAUAACUAAAAAGAAGGAGGACCAUUAAUAUUCAUGCCCACUCAUAGAUCUUACAUCGAUUUUAUUAUGUGUUCAUAUGUGUUCUUUUCAUAUAAAAUUAAGUGUCCACAUAUUGCAGCUGCAGAAGAUUUUUUAUAAAUGUCUAUUAUUCCAAUAAUUUUGAGGGCUUCAGGAGCAUUUUUCUUGAAAAGAAAACAACUAGAAGACAGUAUCCUUUAUAAAGCCAUAUUUUAUGAAUAUGUUCAGAGGAUUUUAAUAGAGGAGUGCUAUUUAGAAUUUUUUAUUGAAGGGACAAGAUCUAGGACUGGAAAAACCUUGAAUCCGAAGUUUGGUUUACUCAGUAUCGUAAGCGAUGCUGUCUUUGAUAAAAAGAUACCAAAUGCCACUAUUUUGCCAAUCACUAUCAAUUAUGAAAAGGUGUUGGAAGCAGAUACAUACCCAUAUGAAUUACUAGGGGAAGAGAAGGUUAAGGAAUCAUUAAUAAGAGUCAUUAAAGCAUUAAAAAUAUUGUCAUCUAAUUUUGGGAAAAUAAAUGUUAGUUUUGGAAAAAUGAUAUCACUUAAAGAAUGGUCAAAAUAAUAAGGAUUGGACUCUUUUGAAAAUAUGAGAGAUAGAAAAAAGGCAGUAGAAACCUUGGGAUAUGAGGUAGCUUAUAGAUUAAUUGAAGAAUUGGUAGUCAUGCCUACUGGAAUUGUAUCCACCCUUUUAUUGAUGAAUAGAAGAGGCAUCACAGAAGACCAACUAAUUAAACGAUUUGAAUGGGUUUUGAAAUAGAUUACAAUGAGAGGAGCUAAGACAUCGAUCACAAACAAUGGUCAAAGUGAUGUUACUGUAAGAAAUUCUAUCGGAUUUUUAUAAGAUUUGAUUUAUAAAAAGAAGAAGAAUGUAUUUGAAUUGACUUUGAUUCCAAAAUAAGAGUACAAAAGCAUAUUGCUGUUGAGUUAUUAUAGAAAUCAAUUAGCUCAUAUUUUCUUUAGCGAAGGCAUCGUAUGCUGUGCCUUAAAUGGAUUUGGUCAUUUAUUAUCUCAUAAGGAAGGUGUAAGCAUUGAAAGGUUGUGGGACGAAAGUGAUUUCUUAUUAAAAUUACUUAAGCGGGAAUAUGUGAUUAGAAAUAGAAUAACCACCAAAGAUUAAAUGAUUGAUUUCAUAUAGUAUAUGAUUGAUAAAAGUAGUUAAUUAAUAAUUUGGUGA